GUGCAGCUGGUUGGGAUAUGACCGGACUUAUUCCUGGCUUAGUACAAGUAACUGGCGUGUCCAUGCCGAGCAGCUGGUCAUCAGAAUCCAGUUCUGAUGUUGCUGGCGCUAUAGCGGCUGCUAAGGCAGCAGCGUCGGCUGUCAUGGCAGCCCAGAAGCAAGUUGCAGCUGCUAAACAUGCAGCACUACAACAGCAAAGCGCAGCCAGUGCAAAGGAGGCAGAGGCAGCUCAUGCAGCUCAUAAAAGUGAGGAAGCUUCGAGAGCAGCUCGAGCUCAAGCUCUUGAAUCAGCACAAGCAGCUGUACACGCUCAGGCUCAACUCGCAGCAGCGAAGGCUCGCGCCGCCGCUGCCCAGAAAAUAGCGGCAGCACGAGAAGCUGCUGCGGCUAUGGCAAUUCAGCGUGCUGCCCAGAAUCAAGCUGCAAAACUUCAAAAUGCUGAUUUGGAAGCGUUGAAGCUCUCAGUGAUACAAAGUUCAGGAGCAGCUGGUGCAGCUGGCGCAGCUCAGCACGCCGCUACCGCUGCAGCUGCAGCACUUCGUCCAGCUGUAUGGAAUCCUACCUGGAAAGCUGGCUGGACUCCAUCUGCUGGAACUUGGGCCUGGUCGUAA